ACGAUGAUCAUGAGUGACGCAAUUUUCUCGCGACCAACACACACAUUUGACGGCAUGAUGGAGGAGUGUAGUCCGUCCACGGUUUCCAUCCGAGAGUUUGGCUGCGAGCAAAAUUUACUGUCUCGUUCAGACGGUUCGGCGUCUUUCAUACAAGGUAAUACCAGUGUGCUGGCUGCAGUGUACGGACCAGCUGAAGUUAAAGUCAGUAAGGAAAUUUAUGACAGGGCGACGUUGGAGGUGAUCAUACAACCCAAAGUUGGACUUCCAAGUGUGAAGGAGCGAGCUCAGGAGCAAUGCGUGCGAGAAACCUGCGAGGCAUCCCUACUGCUGUCCCUUCACCCUCGAUCAUCCCUCACGCUGGUUUUACAGGAGCUCCAUAACGAUGGCUCUCUAUUGUCCUGCUUCCUCAACGCCGGCUGCAUGGCUAUGAUGGACGCCGGCUUGCCGAUGAGUUGCCUGUUCUGCGGUGUCACCUGCGCCAUCCACACGGAUGGAACUAUCAUCACCGACCCGACCGCUGCUCAGGAAGCGGAGAGUCGAGCGCUGAUGACCUUCGCCAUCGACAGCAAAGAGCACCAAGUGAUGAUGACCUCAACCAAAGGAUCGUUUUCAGUACAAGAGAUGCAGCAGUGCAUCGCUGUCAGUCAGGCGGCGUCCGAAAAGAUCUUCAGCUUCCACAGAGAGUCACUCAGGCGGCGUUACUCCAAAAGCGUCUGAUCUUUUUUUACUCUAUUCGCCGCAUAAAGAGCAAUUUUUCUAAUAAAAUAUUCAUCAGCCACUUUG